GCAACCCCAGAGAUGGCUUGGUCUUCCUGUCUUCUUCUAUGGCUGAGUUUGUUGCUGUCGUACUACGUCCCUCUCAGCUUCGCCCGCGCGUAUUGGCCUGUGGGAGCUUCCACCAGCUUCUACCACUUCAAGGUUCAAACCCUAAGAGUUACCAAGCUGUGUAAGACGAAUGACAUCGUCACCGUCAACGGCAAGUUUCCAGGACCGGUGAUUUAUGCGCAGGAAGACGACCGGGUCAUCGUCAGGGUCACCAACCAGACCCCUAACAACAUCACCAUUCACUGGCAUGGAGUGAGGCAGAGGCUGUCGUGCUGGGCGGACGGGCCGUCGUACAUCACGCAGUGCCCCAUCCAGGCCGGCCGCAGCUACACCUACGAGUUCACCUUGGUGCAGCAGAAGGGCACGCUCCUGUGGCACGCCCACGUCUCAUGGCUCCGCGCCACCGUCCACGGAGCCAUCGUCGUCUACCCCAAGACCGGCGUCCCCUAUCCCUUCCCCCACCCCUACGAGGAGCACAGCUUGGUCUUCGCGGAGUACUGGCACAAGGACGUGCUGCAGCUCGAGGAGGAUGUCAUGUCGAGCGGCGGCGGAGCUCCGCCGGCGGAUGCGUACCUCAUCAAUGGCAGCCCCGGGCCGCUCUACAACUGCUCGGCCACUGACAUCUACGAGAUCCCCGUGGUUCCCGGUAAGACCUACCUGCUGCGGCUGGUAAGCGCGUCCCUCAACACGGAGCACUUCUUCGCCAUCGCCGACCACCGGAUGACCAUCGUCGAGGCCGACGGCGAGUACACUAAGCCUCUCACGGUCGACAGCCUCAUGAUCGCGCCGGGGCAGACCAUCAACGUCCUCGUACAGGCGGACCAGCCCAUCGACACCUACGACAUGGCCCUGGCACCCUUCAUGUCCGCCCAAAACGUCCCCUUCCAGAACACCCCCGCCGUCGCGCACUUCCGCUACUCCGGAGCCGGCCCCGAAGCCCCGAGUCGCCCGGCCGAGUUCCCGGCCUUCAACGACAGCCUCACCGUCGACUUCGCACUGAACAACCUGCGAAGCCUGAACGACACCGGCGUUCCCCUCGUCGUCGACGCCAACCUGCUCUUCACCAUCGGGUUGACCGUGGAGCAGUGCCACUCGUCCCACCCGAACGCGAGCUGCCAGGGGCCCAACGGCGGCGUCUUAGCUGCGGUCAUGAACAACAUCGCCUUCGUCGAGCCGAUGGUUUCGCUGCUGCAAGCCUACUACGACAACAUGAACGGCUACUACACCGAGGACUUCCCCGGAGUGCCACUGAAGAACUACGACUUCGUCGAUGGCGCGCCCAACGACACCCAGUCGUUGAACGGGACGAGGGUGAAGGUGCUGGAGUUCGGGAGCAGGGUGCAGCUGGUGUUGCAGAACACAGGGACCGUGGGCACCGAGAACCACCCCGUCCAUCUGCAUGGCCACAGUUUCCACGUCGUCGGCCACGGGACCGGCAACUACAACCCGAUGACGGCGAAGCUCAACCUGGUCGAUCCGCCAUACAUGAACACAAUCGGCGUCCCCGCCGGAGGAUGGGCCGCGAUCCGGUUCGUCGCCGACAAUCCAGGUGUUUGGUUCGUGCAUUGCCACCUCGAGGUGCACGCGAGCUGGGGGCUGGCCAUGGCGUUCGUCGUGAAGGACGGAAAUGGUACCAUGGAGUCGCUUCCUCAUCCCCCAGCGGAUCUGCCAAGGUGCUGAGCCACGAAUUCGACAGAUGUAAAGAUGUUGCACAUGUUGGCAUAAAUUUAUUUGCAGAAAUAGCUGUUUUGCAUGUUAGUGAAGAAUACUUAUUGGACAUGUACUGAUAAGAGGGAAACAGAGGUAAGAUAGAAACCGCACCGGUAAGGUGGCU